CGACUUUUGCUUUUUCCAACACUCGAAUCACCAACUUUUUCCAGACGUCGACAAGGUUCACAUAUCAGCCAAGAUGUCGACCAACGCAAGAGUCAAGCCGGGCCAGCUCUGGAACAAGGGCCGCGACGAUUUGAAGAAGCAACUCGAUGAGCUCAAGACCGAGUUGGGUCAACUCCGUGUCCAAAAGAUUGCCGGUGGUGCCUCUUCAAAACUCACCAGAAUACACGAUCUCCGCAAGUCGAUCGCUCGAGUCCUGACCGUCAUCAACGCCAACCAGAGACACCAACUCCGCCUGUUCUACCAGAAGAAGAAGUACCUCCCUCUCGACCUCCGACCCAAGCAGACUCGCGCCAUCCGCCGACGACUGAGCAAGAAGGACGCCAGCAGGAUCACCGAGAAGCAGAAGAAGAGACAGACUCACUUCCCCCAGAGAAAGUAUGCCAUCAAGGCCGAGGCAUAAACGACCCUGUUAUUUCUGUUUGUGAGGAGUGUCAACAACACGUCAGGCAUGGAUUCGAAGGGGUUGGGGGGAAGAGAGACAAGGAGUAAGCUGAGAGACGAUGAUCCGGAAUUCUGGACGUGCCAAAAAGCCUGCGCUUCAUGGGAAUUGGCAUUGAACAACGGAUGGGAUGUUUUCAUCCUUGCUCUAUCGACAACCUGGGCCGGCUAUAUGCGUGCGGCCCUAGCUUGCGCAGGAUGUUUUUAGGCAUGGGAUGUUUCUUGUUGAAAAUGGGGGGAUACUGCUUCUUCUGGCAGCCUCAUCCCUACCCAACAACUUUGUUCCAGGCGAAAGACUAGAAAAUGAAAGACCAAAAAUUCAUGAACACAUCAAUCGAUA